AUGGAUGCAGCAGCAGCAGCAAUUCCUUCAGUAUUUGCAUCUCGCCUAAGCCCCUCAGGCGGCCACAUACCAGUUGAUGAUGAGGGUAGAGGAGGAGAUCACCUAACCAGCCUGGGUUGCAGGCGCUUCUGCGUCACCAGGACUCGGAGAAGUCCGUCUGGUUGCCAACUGGGUAGGGCUCUUUUGUCCUUUGAGGCGCCGACGUACCCACCCUCGUCCACGAGCCCGGGGCCCAUUCCUCCGGGCGAGGCUUUCUAG